UGCGGCGCCCACCAUGCCGGGCUGCCCGUGCGUCCCGCUGCUGUGCGCGCUGCUGUGCGCGCUGCCCUGGCUCCUGCGGGCUGCGGAGCCCCCCGCGCGGUCCCCAGCGCCGCGCCGCACUCCCCAAGACCCCGCCAGGGGCGCGGAUUUCGAUCGGGUCUACAGCGGGGUGGUGAAUCUCAGCACCGAGAACAUCUACUCCUUCAACUACACCAGCCAGCCUGGCCAGGUGACCGCCGUACGUGUGCAUGUGAACAGUUCCUCGGAGAACCUUGACUACCCAGUCCUAGUUGUGGUUCGCCAGCAGAAAGAGGUGCUGUCCUGGCAAGUUCCUCUGCUCUUCCAAGGACUAUACCAGAGGAGCUACAACUACCAGGAAGUCAGCCGCACCUUAUGUCCCUCCACAGCAACAAACAAAACAGGACCUUUGCAGCAACUGAUCUUUGUAGAUGUUGCAUCCAUGGCACCACUUGGUGCCCAUUACAAACUGCUGGUCACCAAGAUCAAGCACUUCCAGCUCCAGACAAAUAAUGCCUUUCACUUCACUGCCAGCCCCUCUCAACCUCAGUAUUUUCUAUACAAAUUUCCCAAAGAAGUAGAUUCAGUUAUCAUUAAAGUGGUGUCUGAAAUGGCUUAUCCAUGUUCUGUUGUCUCAGUCCAGAACAUCAUGUGCCCUGUGUAUGACCUUGACCACAAUGUGGAGUUUAAUGGUGUCUAUCAGUCUAUGACCAAGAAAGCUGCCAUCACGCUACAGAAGAAGGAUUUUCCAGACGAGCAGUUCUUCGUGGUAUUUGUGAUCAAACCUGAAGAUUAUGCCUGCGGAGGAUCAUUCUUCAUCCAAGAAAAUGAGAAUCAGACAUGGAAUCUACAACGAACCAAGAACUUAAAGGUGACCAUCAUUCCUUCUGUUGAAGGAUCCGUGUAUGUGAAAUCCAGCCUUUUCAUUGUCUUCAUCUUCUUGUCCUUCUACCUGGGAUGCCUGCUUGUUGUGUUCAUUCAUUAUGUGAGGUUUCAGAGAAAAUCCAUUGAUGGAAGCUUUGGUUCCAAUGACGGCUCUGGAAAUAUGGUGUCACAUCCCAUCUCUGCCAGCACACCUGAAGGAAGCAAUUAUGGGGCCAUAGAUGAGUCAAACUCUAGUCCUGGGAGGCAGGUGUCCUCGUCUGAGGGUGGGCAGCCAUGCCAGUCAGACACGGACAGUUCCGUGGAGGAGAGCGACUUUGACACCAUGCCUGAUAUCGAGAACGACAAAAACAUCAUCCGUACCAAGAUGUUUCUGUACCUGUCAGAUCUGUCCAGAAAGGACAGGAGAAUCGUCAGCAAAAAAUAUAAGAUUUAUUUUUGGAACAUCAUCACCAUUGCUGUGUUUUAUGCACUGCCUGUGAUCCAGUUAGUCAUCACCUACCAGACAGUGGUAAAUGUCACAGGCAACCAGGACAUCUGUUACUACAACUUCCUCUGUGCUCACCCCUUGGGCGUCCUGAGUGCCUUCAACAAUAUUCUCAGCAACCUGGGCCAUGUGCUUCUGGGAUUUCUCUUCCUGCUGAUAGUCUUGCGCCGGGACAUUCUCCAUAGAAGAUCCCUAGAAGCUAAGGACAUCUUUGCUAUGGAGUAUGGGAUUCCCAAACACUUUGGUCUCUUCUAUGCUAUGGGCAUCGCCCUGAUGAUGGAAGGAGUGCUCAGUGCUUGUUACCAUGUCUGCCCUAAUUACUCCAAUUUCCAAUUCGACACCUCCUUCAUGUACAUGAUCGCAGGCCUCUGCAUGUUGAAGCUCUAUCAGACUCGCCACCCGGAUAUCAAUGCCAGUGCCUACUCUGCCUACGCCUCCUUUGCUGUGGUCAUCACACUCACCGUCCUUGGAGUGGUGUUUGGAAAAAAUGACGUGUGGUUCUGGGUCAUUUUCUCUGCAAUCCAUAUUCUGGCCUCCCUGGCCCUCAGCUCCCAGAUCUACUACAUGGGUCGUUUCAAGAUAGAUUUGGGGAUUUUCCGACGGGCUGCUAUGGUGUUCUACACAGACUGUGUCCAGCAGUGUAGUCGGCCUCUGUACAUGGAUAGAAUGGUGUUGCUUGUUGUGGGGAAUCUGGUUAAUUGGUCUUUUGCUCUCUUUGGACUGAUCUACCGGCCCAGGGACUUUGCAUCCUACAUGCUGGGUAUCUUCAUCUGCAACCUGCUGCUGUACCUGGCCUUCUACAUCAUCAUGAAGCUUCGCAGCUCUGAGAAGGUUCUUCCUGUACCACUCUUCUGCAUCGUGGCCACCGCGGUGGUGUGGGCCGCCGCCCUGUAUUUCUUCUUCCAGAAUCUGAGCAGCUGGGAGGGAACCCCAGCUGAGUCUCGGGAGAAGAAUCGCGAGUGUGUCCUGCUAGACUUCUUCGAUGACCACGACAUCUGGCACUUCCUCUCCGCCACUGCCCUGUUUUUCUCAUUUUUGGUUUUGUUGACUCUGGAUGAUGACCUGGAUGUGGUUCGCAGAGACCAGAUCCCUGUGUUCUGAGCAUUCAAGCAUAACAAGGUGAGAGAGAGUCAUCCAUCUUGGUGCUGUUUCCUGAAAAAAUUCAUGAGCUGCAAGUAUGGCUG